CAAGGUGGCUCGCAAAGUUCCAUCGGUCGUCGAGGAUCAACCCGAGAUAGUUCAUCUCGUGGCCGAUCCUGACGAGGGCCGUACCCACAGCCAGGGUGAGUCCCUCGGACGGCGCGCCGCAUGCUCCACGUCUUUUACCGUGGAACAUCACGGCCUCGGUCUUGCCGAGUGCCACCUCGAGGCCCAGGCUGCGGAUAGAGUCGACUAAUGGCACCAUUAUCUAAGCCACAGCAAUUAUCCGCAAGUAUUCCAGCUUUCAAUGUUAUUCCAUUGUAUGUCACAAUUUUAUAUUGUGGAUUGUUGCAAUAAGGUAUAAGUGGUCCAUCAUAAUGCAGUGACUUAAGACUUGAAUGUGUUGCAAUAAAAUUAGAUGAAACAGCUGAUAGUGACGAAUGUGAAUUUAUUUCGUUUUCAAUAUAUGACAUAGCAUUUCUCUCAUCGUUGGAUAUAUCGUGUAAUAAUUAACGAGCAGAGAAUAUUGUAAAAAAAUAACUUUUUUGAAAAGUAAUUCUGGAAGAUCUUUUCCUCAUUUUAUAUUUUUGUCGGGAGAUGACAGUAUGUGUACUAGCGUGGUAGGCCUGUUCGUGCGUGUUUUUACUGGCCAGUAGCCGGCCUCGUGCCUCGUAGCUCAUGAGUCUAAUAUAUGGCAUGACGCAAUUUCGUUCUGUACGCUGUAUACGCUGGAUUCUCGUGAAAUAAAAAGUGAAUGAAUAACAAGUAUUGUAAAAGAAAUUAACAUACGUAAGAAGUGAUACAGGUGAUAUAAGUGCAAUUCGAGUAAUCUAACCUAACCUAACCAAAAUGACUACUGUAAAAGAUCCGUUCUCAAUCAUCGUUUUUCGCGGGCCAAAGCAAAAUGGCAAAAAACCCGUCGACAUGGUUCUGUCCACGUGGCUGUACAAACAAGGGAAGAAACAUUUUUGCAAAUAUCCACCUCCAGAGUUAUAUCAUAUGCGUGAUAUAUGGUUGGAAGAAGGGAAAAUUCCGGAAGAUUCGUGGGAAGCAUUCCGUAUUAAUGUAUUUACAACAGCAAAGUCUCUAGAGCAGGGUCGACGUCGGUUGGACCGAACAUGUCAGCAAAAUUACGCAGAUAGCACUGACAGUGAAUAUACUCGAUCUUUUAGUUUGCCUUAUACGCUAUCAAAGUCGAAGGUCAUUAAAGAACUGCGAAAAACCUAUCCUAUGAGCUCAAAAGAUUCAUCAUCAAAGGGAAAGAUAUCUUUAGGUGCGUGAUGUUUUUAGUCCUCAUUUUUUCGAGAUAAGGUAAAUGUCCUAGUAGUUGCAUUUGUACCGCAUUAUAAAUGCAAUUGUACAGUUUAAAGACUGGGACUUUUACGUAGUUCAACAUUUUAUUAUAUUUUUAUAUGAUAAAAAUAAUAAAAACAAUUGUUUAUAUGGUUUUUACGUUUCAUGUUAUUUUGUCUCGUAGGAGAAUUUUCCAAAAAGUUAAAAAUUGACUCUUCUGUUACCGAUUCAGAAAAUGAUGAACCCUUGAGACGAGUUACAAACAAAUAUUCACGGAUUUUAGAGGCGAAAAAUAAUUCUUCUGAAUCCAGCAAUAACGAAGAAUCACCAUCCUUUUGUGUCAUUAAUGAUUCAAGUAACAAAACAGAAGGCCUUUUGGAGAAUUCAGUAUCUUCUCAACAAGAAAAAUUUUUAUCAGCCAGCCAAUCUCCUGAAAAGAGUAACGAAAAGGAAAAUGACAUUGACAAGGUACUGACAGAUUCAUCAUUAAGAGAAAAAAUAAAAAAUUGUCAAAUGACACACCAAAAUUAUUCACAGGUUCGCAGGGAAAGUCUCAAAAGAAAAUUAUAUUACCGAUCUGAUGUCAUGUCUAAAGGCGAGGAAGAUACUCCAUCAUCCAGCAAAAAAAAAGUUGUAUCUGCAGAUAUUCUCGAGGCAGUCAGACAGUCAGUAAGGGAUGCAAUGAGAUCUGUCGUAAAAAGCAUUCAAAUUGACUUAAGAAAAAGCACAGACGAAGUGAAAAACCUGAUAAUCUCUAAAAAUAUGGCAUUGGUUCAUGGACCUAACGUGACAAUCACAAGAGAAAAAUUAAACGUAGUGGUACCCAUAAAAUCUCUCGAUGAAUUCCUUCAAUAUGAAGAUUUAUUGCAGAAAAAUAAAGAGGAAAGAAAUACAUUGGUAAAAUUAAAGAAUUUUCUUUUGUUUCAAAUCUUGUGUGUAAAUCAGAAAAAAUUAAAUCUGUAUUUUUUUCAGCUAAGUUUUUUCAGGAUUUUAAUUUACUCAUUGACGACAGAAAAAGACUGUGUGGCUGCUAUUCUUCCUGCAAUGUUGACCAAAAAUGUUCAAUUGGAAUAUUCUGGCGUUGGCCGUGCAAUUCACGGAGAAGCUAAGAGAAAUUUUAGUGCAACUCAGAUGUGCACAAUACUGAAAGAUGCUACCAUUGAAAAGUUGGGGAGUGCAGGAAAUUUAAAAACAUUACAAACUAUUAUUUCGAGAUGGUUGAGCGGAGCGGGAGAUCGUGAUGGUGGUCGAAAAAAUCGAUAAUCGUCCAGAAAAAGAUCGCGGUUAGUGUAAGAAAUAAAAAGUGAUCACUAAAAUAUAAUAAGAAAACGUUGUAAUAAGUAUUUAUAUUCUAACAAAUAUUAUUUGAAUAGAAUUUUGAUAGAGAUUAUUCUUGUCGCGUUUAAAAGUGUUCGUUCAUUCAUUUCAGAAUUUUCAGUUUAUUUUUAUGUUGAAAGUAGUAGUGGAAAGUUGAAAGUACUAGUGGAAUUUAUUUUAUUUAAUUGAAAGAUGUUUUUGUUAUUGUGAAAUUCUAAUCAAUAAAAAGAAAAUUAUAGUAAUUCACCAAAAGAAAGUUGUUUACUCUAUUUUUUGUUAUGUUUCUAUGCAGAAAUCCCUUUUUAUAAUAUGUUAGAAAUU